UAUUUAAGAUAACAAAUUACUACUUCUUUUGAUGUGUAACAUGUGUUUCAAAGCAUGUACAACACAGCAUUUAGUGUAUGUAUUAAACAAGUAGAAGCAGAAGAUCUAAUAACUGUGAUAUCGAUCUGGAGAUAAAUUAAAAGAAAGGUGAUAUUUGUAGCCAUAACUUUUAAUACCCUCAUUAAGCUCGAUAAUUCUGAACACAACUUACCUUAAAAAUGCGAAUAUAUAUGUAGUAAUAGGUAUCAAAUAUAUAAAGCAAUUGCACUAUGCAGUGAUAGCAAAUGAGUUGAUUAAGAAAGUAGCAAAACCAGAUGCCUAGGUCAAAAACAAACUAUAUUUCACAACCAAUCAUAUCCAUUUUCUUUAGGAGACAUAUUCAUACGGGUCAGGACCAUCUCUAAAAUAAAGAGAAACAAAAGUUGGACAGAAAGUAAGAAUAAGUUCUCAUUUGAGAAUCUCUCACAAACCAUUGAAAAGCUUAGGGUAGAUUCAGAUAUCCCCAUUUAAAGCAUAAGGUACAUUUAUCCAGAAACCAUGGAUAAACAAAUUUGACAUCUGCAUCCACCCCAAGCUUGAACUUAAAGUUAUAGCAGGUUGGGAGCUCUUUUGUCAUAUUUGCUUCCAUCAAUACUUUUACUUAUUUAAAAUUAUUACACAAUAGUUCAUUUGCGUGUAGACGAUUUUGUUUUCAGUUGCACUUGUUAUGAAACCACAUCCUUCCCAAGAGAACAUCCGGUGAGAGACGUUUUUCAUGAAGAUCCACAUAGGGAAUGUUUUGAUCUCUUUAACCUCUACCUCCCUUCCUUAGGAGACCAUGCAUGAUAAGGUGAUCUUUAUGGACUCAUGGUCUUUGGAUUCGCAUUAAAAUGGUCUACGAAUCUGUUUUGUGGCAGAUGACCUAAGUGGCGCGUGUCAUGGUGGACAUGUGGCCUAACUAUUGAUAGGAGUCAUAUGGUCUAGAAGGCGCAUGGCCGGACCAAGCGAUAUACUUCAUGAACAUGAAUUCUUUUUGUUUAUGAUAGCAGAAGGUGAUGGCAUGAGCCAAUAGAUAAACUCAUGGAAAGAUAUAGUGGGUAGAAAGCUUAUUCUGGUCUAUGGGCUCGCAUGUCUCUAGUCUGGUCUCUUCCUGAGCGGAUCUGUAGUGGUUCGUUAGUAUAUGAUACCUUGUUAACUGUAAUGUAAGUUAAGUUCAGUGUUAAAAAAAUAAAAUUAACCGGUCGCAUUUCAUAUUUAUAGGAUAACAAAGGGCAAAAUAGACUUUGUAGAAAUAAGGGUUUGUGGUGCCGUCGACAUUUAGGGUUUCAAGUUAACUAACUCUCCUUGAUACUCUUAGUUUCGUCGUCGUCACUGAAUCUACUCAGCACAUUACUCUCGGCGAUAAGUCCAGCUUCCCGGAGAAUAAGAAGAAAGAGGGUAACAACAUGGCUACAAACGCACACCUCUCACAGAAAGAAUCCGACAUCCGAAUGAUGAUUGCCUCUGAGGUUCACCUCGGAACCAAAAACUGCAAUUACCAGAUGGAGCGUUACGUCUACAAGAGACGCAACGAUGGUAUAUAUAUCCUCGACCUAGGAAAAACAUUGGAGAAGUUGUACAUGGCUGCUCGAGUCAUCGUUGCCAUUGAGAACCCACAACACAUUAUCGUUCAAUCUGCUAGACCUUAUGGUCAGAGAGCUGUUCUCAAGUUUGCGCAGUACACUGGUGCUAAUGCCAUUGCUGGAAGGCACACUCCUGGCACUUUCACAAAUCAGAUGCAGACUUCCUUCAGUGAGCCUAGGUUGCUCAUUCUUACAGACCCUAGGACUGACCAUCAGCCAAUCAAGGAAGGUGCUUUGGGGAACAUUCCCAUCAUUGCUUUUUGUGACACAGACUCUCCCAUGAGAUUUGUCGACAUUGGGAUCCCCGCUAACAACAAGGGAAAGCACAGCAUCGGUUGUCUCUUUUGGAUUCUUGCUCGCAUGGUUCUUGAGAUGCGUGGAACUAUCCGUCCUGGACAGAAGUGGGAUGUCAUGAUGGAUCUGUUCUUUUACAGAGAGCCUGAGGAGGCUAAGCAACUUGAAGAUGAAGAAGCUGCUCCUCAAGCAGAUUUUGCUGCACCUGAAUAUGGAGUUUCCGGUGGAGACCAAUGGACCACUGCUGCUAUUCCUGAUGCUUCAUGUACAGGAGAAGCUCAGCAGCCAAUCAGUGCUGCUCCAGCUGCAGAUGGUUGGGACACAGCUGUGCCACCUCCAGCAGCUGGUUGGGAUUAAUUUUUGUGGUCCUCUUUGAGAUUCAAGCGUUGUAGCUUCUCAUUUUUUUUCUCGUUAAGAUAGAUAACAAUUUUGCGGCUUUUUUUUUUGUUGUUUUGAAUUGAAUUUAUACUAAAUUAUUUUUUUAGGCA